GAUGGAGAAUUUGUCCCCUUAAAAAUAGAAGCACAAAGGAAGGAAGUUGAGGAGUCGAAAAUGAUGCCGCCGUUGUCACCGAAGGCCUACCUGCCGGCUGCGCUUUCGAAUUGGGACUUUUCAAAGAAGGAGUGGUCCAAUGGCGAAGCUGCCGGGGAUGAGGGGGUGCAUUCUGGCUCGUCUGGGGACAAAAUUCCAAGUCGCCGGGGCUUUGGUUACGAGGAAAGGAUAGGCUGGUCACACAGUGAGUGUUUUGUUUAAAAGACCCUCAAAGACGGCAAGAACAGCAACAUCCUCAUCAUCAGCAUCGGCCGUUGA